AUGGAAAAAAAGUCUUUGCACACUCGGUUGCGGCAAUCGCCCACCCCGCGCACCCCGACCUGGAAGUCAUGGCUUGGAGCCGUCUGCGUCUCGGCGCUGGUGCUUGGUGCCAUGCGCACGUGGUCGCCGACCUCAGCCACUGCGAAGCUGGAGCGCGUUCAGAAAUGUGCCAUCAAGAACCUCCAUCGCAACACUUCAUUCCUCGACGUCGAACCAAUCAAGGCCCAUGAGUUCAUUGAGCGCCGUGACAAGCUGGCCAAGGCACUGGUUGCCGAUGGGGUAGACGCUUUUGUGCUAGAGCCUGGAUAUACUUUUCAGUAUUACGGAAACAUCUCCCAGCGGGACUGGGAACCGUGGGAGCCUGAAGAACGACCUUUCCUCAUGCUUAUCCUCCCACAGACAUCUCCAACCGGCGAGAUUGUGGCCAAGACGUCCUUCCUGGCACCUCACUUUGAAGAAGGUCGCGUGCGCAUGCUCGGCAUCCCGUCGCGGGACGACGAGCUCGACAUUGUUGUAUGGGAAGAGCACUGGAACCCUUACAAAACCCUGAUUGAAUCGCAUCUCUUCCCCGAUCCCGAAACCCCGACAGGCAAACCAGCACCGAAGCCGAGGCUCAUGAUGGACGAAGAGAUCCGCGACUUUAUCGUGCGCGGUCUCGACUCGGCCGGCUUCGAGACCGUCGCUCUCGGCCCGCAAGCCGACCUGGUCCGGCAGCUCAAGAGCCCUGCCGAGGUGGCCCUCCUACGCGCCGUCAACACGGGCACCGUUGAAGCCGUGCGGGCCAUGCGGCCGUGCCUCGAGCCGGGCCUGACCGAAGACGAGGUGCGAGACGUGCUGGACGCCGCCCUGGUCUCCGUCGGCUUCGGUCUGUUUUUCAACAUUGUGCUGUUUGAAGAGCACGGCGCCCUGCCGCACGGCGGCUUCGUCACAGGCUGGAAGAAGGUCACCCCGGAGUCCAUGGUCGUCAUCGACGUCGGCGCCCACUACCUCGGCUACAGCUCCGACAUCUGCCGCAGCUUCUUCAUCGACCCGCCCGAGACGGCCUCGUUCCGAACCAAGGCCGCCGAGGCAGCGGGGUGGACGUCUCGGGGACGCACCGUCAGCGACAACCUCCGCGCGGAGAAGAAGCACGUCUGGGAGGUUGUUUUCGCCGCCCAGACGGCGGCUGCUCGCGCCUUCAGGGCCAACGGCACGGCGGCCGACGUCGACAUUGCCGCGCGGACCGUCAUCGAGGACGCGGGGUACGGCGACGCUUUCACCCACCGCCUGGGUCACGGCAUCGGCAUCAAGGCUCACGAGCCGCCAUACCUCAACAAGUGGAACACGGGCGCCAUCCUAAAACCCGGCAUGACAUUCACCAACGAGCCAGGCAUAUACCUGGAGAACAGAUUUGGCGUGAGGCAUGAGGACAUUUACCUGAUCAAGGAGGCCGGAGAGGCCGAGUUGUUGACGGGUCGGCGCGCUCUUGGACCGUACGAUCCAUGA